GGCUUGCAACAUCAAAUAUGUGAGCCUGUGUGUGCUAGUACUCCAGAAUGCAUCCCUUAUCCUCAUCAUGCGCUACACCCGGACGCUUCCCGGUGACCGUUACUUCACGUCCACCGCUGUCGUUGUCUGUGAGGCACUCAAGAUGUUCACCUGCCUCUUCAUCAUCCUCCUUCAGCUGCGAGGCAAUGUCCUGGAGUUGUGUGUUUUCCUGUGGCAGCAUAUCAUCCUGCAACCGAUGGACACCCUGAAACUGGCUAUACCUUCAGUCAUCUACAUGAUCCAGAAUAACCUUCUCUUCAUUGCUGUGUCAAACCUUAACGCUGCCACUUUUCAGGUGACGUACCAGUUAAAGAUCUUGACUACUGCCCUCUUCUCCUUGAUAAUGCUGAAAAAGACAUUGAGCUCUCUCCAAUGGUUUGCAUUGGUUCUUCUAUUCAUCGGAGUAGCCAUCGUUCAGAUGCAGCCAGGCGAUCCUUCUAAAGAAGCUACCGAUAGCACAACAGCAGAACAGUCUCCCAUGAAGGGCCUGAUAGCCAUUCUCCUUUCCUGCCUAUCUUCUGGAUUUGCAGGUGUGUACUUUGAGAAGAUCCUCAAAGGCAGUCAAGGGUCUAUCUGGUUGCGGAACAUCCAACUAGGACUGUUUGGAUCUCUCACAGGUAUCCUGGGUAUCUGGCUGAAAGAUGGCUCAGAGGUCAUCGAGAAAGGUUUCUUCUUUGGCUAUACAAAGUAUGUUAUCCUUGUGAUAGCCUUGCAGGCAUUUGGAGGACUCUUGGUUGCAGUGGUUGUGAAGUAUGCGGACAACAUCCUCAAGGGAUUUGCCACAAGUUUUAGUAUUAUCAUAUCAACAGUAUUUUCGGUGUAUCUAUUUGGAUUACUGAUCAACAUCCAAUUCUGCCUAGGAGCAGGACUUGUGAUAUUUGCCAUAUAUCUUUACAGUUUGCCAAAACCAGUAAAUACUCAACCCGUAGUGUCUGAAAUGAUUAAGACAACAAAUAAUGGGACAUAAUUGAUUCAUAGAUUAUUGAUUGACCUUAUAUUUUAUACCUUGUAUCUAGCAAAUAGAUAUAGCUAUUUUUAAAUGGUGUGUACAUAUCGGUACCAGCCGUCACUUCCAAUUUUUCUAGUCCCAACUGACAAAGCCAAUAACGCAGAAAGUGACAUUACCUAUAGGACCACAACUAUUUUCCCACUGUUAUCCCUUACCUCCACACCAUCAUCACAUCUCUCCAGCAAACAUACAUCAAAUUAAGAAGAUAAAGUUGCUGCUUCUUUGAUUCUGCUUUUUACCAUCUUACAGCUCCCCUCAUCAAAUCUGAUACAUGUCUUCCUGUUGUACAUUCCUAUAAUUGCAAUUUAAUGUAGUUUUCAUUUCCAUCUGUAGUGGUUGUCUUUUCAGGCAAAUAAUAAUGAAAAAGAUAAUGAAUGAUAAUAAACACUUGUUAGCUUUUUGUUAUUAUCUGAAUUGUUGUUAUGUGCAAUAUUCUUUUAUCUCAUCAUUUCAACAAAACUGGCGAUUCCAUUCACUGAUCUAGGAAGCAUGAAAUCAUUGUAAGUAAUAAUCAUAUUUGAUAUGUAAUGUAUAUAUAGUUCAUUUAUCAACAAAUGUUGGUGCUCAAGUUUUUCAAAUCUUACCCCGGUAUAGCUGUGCAACCGUGCUCACAGCAUACAAAGAACUUCCCUUCAUUGGUACCAGUUAACACCUUGGUGGAGAGUGACAAAAAAGAAAAUGUCUUGCCAAAGGACAUUAGUGUCAUGGUGGGAUUUGAACCUGGAACUAUUGGUUCAUAUUGUGGGAACUCUCACAACACGUUGACAGAUUCACCCACUAAGACACAAAUUUCACUUCACGCAAUGGAAAACGCUUUCUGUGGUAGUGCUUGAUUGGUAGUUCGUAAAUUUUAAUUAGCAAAGAUGGUAAGCUAUAAGGUCUUAGAAAUUCAGUUCCAUUUUUACUUAUUUAUUUUCAUCUGUCAUACAGGGUACACUUCUUGUUUAUUUCCUUCAAGAAAAAGAUGAUCUUUGCAGAAUCGUCAUCUUUGGUAUCAUUAUUUUAUUACUGAAUUUCUCUAAUAUUGAUUUAUAAUUAUCUCCAACAUACUUGCAAGCUGUUGCAUAUGUAGUACUUAUUUUGAUAUUGGAUAUGUUUAUUAUUUGUUCAGUACCUUUCUCCCUCUGAAAAAUGCCAUGUAGUUACUCUUUACAUGCAAUACCAACACAUACUAGCAUAUUUAUAUAUAGGUAGUAGGUACUAGCAACCUGUGUAGAAAAAAGCAUUGUUGAUUGCUUGAAAGUCAGAAUAGCUCUUGAGUUCAAAACCACAUGUAAAUGUAGAGUAGUGACAGUUGGAAUUCCUGUCAAAUGCUCUUAUAAGUUUCAACUCUGAGGGAAGUUCACCCUGAUGAUAAGUUAAUAAUAAUAAUAAUAUAGGAUUUGUAUAGCGCACGUAUCCACCUUGCAAGGUGCUCAAGGCGCUCCUAUAUUACUAAGUUGGUUUUAAUAAAAUCAGAAACAAGUUAGAGAGAAAUAUUGGUGAGGUUUGAUGAAAAUUCGUCAAAAAUUAAGUUUUGUGGUUUUUUUAUUUUGUGUUUGUGAUGUCACAAAUGAGAAGCUCCUGUGUGAUAUAUUUUUUUAAUGCAUUUUUUUUUUUCAAUUUGAAAGUGAUUUUAUUUGUUCAUGAAAUAUAUCAUCAGGUACAUCAUUUCAUACCCCCUUCUGCAAAUUCAUUACUAUUCCAUUAAAAAAUUGAUUGGAUUUAUAUUACAUGAUAUAUGGGGAGGUGCUCGCAUAUAACAUCACAGAUCAAAAGCAUUAACAGUAUUGUAACUUUCUUUUUUAUGAAUUUUCAUCAAACCUUCAGCAAUAUUCAUCUCUUUUUUUUUUCCUGGUUUCAUUAAAACAAACUUAUCAGGGUGAACUUUCUUUUAAAGUGGUUAAGAAAUGUCAGGUAUGGCCUGUAUAUUCACAUUGUACACAUGCAUCAAUGGUUUGACUGUACUGCGAUUGCAAUGCUUUAUGCUUCUCUUGAGACUUAUAAGGUUGUGAGCAGCAUUAAUUAUCAAUAGAUACUGUUCUACUUUAAAAUGAAGUGCUCCUGUCAUUGAAGGGCAAUCCAACCAAAGUGGCAAGUUCUAAAAGAAAAAUGAAAACUCUUGGAAUUGGUUUAGUGAAAAUAUUGAAAAUUGGGACAAAAAGAAGGAAAUUAAGGAAAUUUUUCAUUUUGGGGUUGAAGAUUUUAGGUCGGAACAACUCUCCUUUCUCUCCCAUACACAAAAUGACUGAAGAAAGAAAUAACCUGAUAUUUAUAUUGUGAUUUGAUUGCUGCCUGGAGAGGAAAGAUGCUCACAAAUUUAGUAGUUGGAAAAUGAGAGUUGACUCUACAUUUACCUCUUAUAGCAAAAUAGAAAAUACUCUCAUCAGUUUGCCAAUUUUGGGACUAUAUAGACCUUACUAGAAUUCAUUUUUCAAGCAUCUUCAAUUUUCUUACUGAACAACAUUUUAAAAACUCUGUCCUAUAUUUCUGCUUUCACACAAGUUGUUAUAUUAACCGAUGUCAAAUUCCCCUUUGAAAUCCAGUAAAGGGGACAUCUAGUCUAAACUAGUAUAAUAUUUUCCACUCAAAGAUAUAAGAGAUGUGCUUUCCCCAAGUGUUCAUUGAUGUGUUGGUCCUAACAUUUAGUCAUCUUGUCUAUGUGAUAUGUUCCUUUAUAAUGUGCAGCAUGGGCAGUAAUUAUUACACCAUACUAUACAGGAGCUCAGUAAGGAAGUAGUAUUAAUAAUUAUUUCCCAAACUGUAGAUUGCUAUGUUGGGCAAGCCUUUGUAUUAUUUCACAUCUUCCUUUGAAAAGAUUUCAAGUGCCUAUCAUGGAAACGAAAAGAUCAGUCUGCAAAAAAUGAUCUAAAUGAUAAUAACGAGCGGACUUUAAACUUGCUUUUGGUAAAGUGACAUAUUUAUGUCAUGUAUUUUUGUGCGGGCUGCCCCGAUUCUUAUGUCCAUUGGGUGAUUCAAGUUCAGUGUUGACCUUUUGGUGUUGGUGUUAGGUUAAUUUUCACACGAUUAUAACACCAAACACACAAUGAAGAUGGUCCCGAAAAGUCACUCACUAGUUGUUGAGAUGUCAAUAAUGUGACCUGGAUCAGAUUUACAAAUUCUGAAUAAGCUUUUUAGCAAGGGGAAGCAUCCAAAUUUCAACACCAAGGCCAACACCGGACUUGAAAUCACCCAUUGUGCUGUAAUUAAUAGCCUCUGGUUGAAAAAGUUACAAGGGAAAGGAAUGGAAUUAUGAAAGGUUCAAGAUUCUGCAGAGCAUUCAUAUUUUUUCUGUAGGGUGUUUAUGUUUUGGAUCAUGUGUUGUUUCAUGUCAAUUUCAUUGGAUUAUUUAUUUAUAUCAUAUUACUACCUUUGACAAUCAUGGUAAAAAAAAAAUAAUAUUUCCAAAUUAAAGACCUUUUUAUCCUAUUUAAAGCCUGUCUUAAAUUUUGGUAAGCACCCUGAAAUCCUUGGUCACUAUCCCAAGUUAUUACUAAAUUUUAGAAGUAUUUCCUAAAACUUUUAUGAUGUGGAUGAUAUGAAAUAAAACAUGUUUUAGUUGAAUGUAUGUUGAAAAUUUACACAAAAAUCUAUUUUGGUUGGAAUCCUGACCAAAAUGAAUAAACAAAAUAUUUUUGUAUUUGAUACAAAACUAUCCAUGUAAAUUAUGGUCUAUAAUUUAGUAAGUAUGGGUCACUUUUUAUUAAUCACAUGUUUAUGGUAAUAUCAGGUCCCAAAGAUCUUCUUUUUUUCUUCUCAAACAUAGAAUUGGCUGAACAGAUCAGGAUAUGAUCUUUGUAGCUGUUAUAUACAGUGCGUAUC